AAUAGCAAUAGCCAAUGGAUGAUGACUUGCCUUUGGACUUUCUUUCUUCCUUCAGCCCAAACCACUACCAGGAGGCAGAAGGAGAUAGCAUAGCCAUAGCCAUAGCCAUAGCCAAUCCAUAGCCAUACCCAUAUCACUGUAGCAGCAGGCGCAAUCCAAUCAUCUCCCUCCAUUGUCACUUCGAUCUCAUCUCCUCCAAAUUUCAAACAACAUUCAAAUCCCGGGGCUUUUGCUAUCUUUCUGUGCAUCUGAUUCUUUGGCAUCUGGAGCCGUUUGCAGUCCAUCGGAAGCAGUCGAUCGAAUUGCAACUAUAUGGAGGUGAAUUAAAUGUGUGUCUAGUUUUAAGUCUAGGAAAGAAGAUAUUAUGUGUUGAUCAUCAAGCAAUUAGUGGUGCAAAUUAUUAUGGAUGUGGUGAGUGGAGCUAAUGGUCAUGACAACAGCUCAAGUCUAGCUUCUAAACAACGCCUUCGUUGGACACAUGAGCUUCAUGAACGAUUUGUUGAUGCUGUGGCACAAUUGGGUGGCCCUGAUAGGGCUACACCAAAAGGCGUGCUGAGAGUGAUGGGUGUUCAAGGUCUAACAAUUUAUCAUGUCAAGAGCCACUUGCAGAAAUAUAGGCUGGCAAAGUACCUCCCGGAUUCCUCUUCUGAAGGAAAAGUGUUUGACCAGAAAGAAUCGGGUGACAUGCUUUCCAGCUUGGAUGGAUCAUCUGGAAUGCAGAUUACAGAAGCACUGAAGCUGCAGAUGGAGGUGCAAAAGCGACUGCAUGAGCAAUUAGAGGUCCAAAGACAGCUUCAACUACGAAUAGAAGCCCAAGGGAAGUACCUAAAGAAGAUCAUCGAAGAGCAACAGAAGCUGAGUGAAGUCCUAUCAGACGACAACUGCCAGGAAUCCAAAAACCCAACCGACCCUAUCACUCCACCUCCUCCCAUCAUCAAAAACUCUGCCACCGAUGAACAUGAGCCCUUAACCCCAGACUCUGACCGUGGUUCACCGGUUAUCAAGAAGCAACGAGUGAGCCUCAGCCAAGGGGUCGGCUUAACUCACCAAAUACUCGACUCCAGCUUAAGGCAACACCCGGUUGUUUAUGGAAUGUCAGUUAACAAUCAAGAUUAAAAAUUAGACUGAGCCAAUUGAAAUUGGAAUUUGUCCUCAGGGAAUCGGGAUUGUUUUCUACUUUGUGCAGUUUCUUUAUAUAUAUAUAUAUAUAUAUAUAUAUAUAUAUAUAUAUAUAUAUAUAUAUAUAUAUAUAUAUAUAUAUAUAUAUAUAUAUAUAUAUAUAAUUUAUGUUUGAUUAGGUGGGAUGGGUUUGGGUGUGGUAAUACUCUUAAAACUUGUAAUUCAUGUUAUGAUGCCAAGACAAAUUAAAUGAUGAUGAUGAUGAUAUUUAUGUAUUUUAUUCAUGGUGUGAUGUUCUCCA